CAUGUUUGUUCUCCUUAAAGGCCGCUCAAAAGAAGAUGCUUUUAUAAUUGGAAAUGAAAUUGCAUCCGCCAUUACUGCAAUGAAUCCAGAGCCGGUUACACUGAAAAUGGAAAAAGUCUAUUGUCCUUGUUUCCUUCUCACAAAGAAACGUUAUGUUGGGUAUAGCUAUGAGAGUCCUGAGCAGGAGAAGCCCACAUUUGACGCUAAAGGCAUUGAGACUGUGAGAAGAGAUACCUGCCCAGCUGUUGCCAAGACCUUAGAACGUUCAAUAAGAUUAAUUUUUGAAACCAAUGAUUUAUCAGAGGUUGAAUCAUAUCUGAAGCGCCAGUGGGCGAGAAUACUAUCCGGCAAAGUCUCCAUUAAAGAUUUUGUUUUUGCUAAGGAGGUUAGGUUAGGCACAUACAGCAGCAGAUCUUCUUCCCUUCCACCAGCAGCCAUAGUUGCAAAGAAAGCUAUGGAAAUGGAUCCCAGAGCAGAACCACACUACGGAGAACGAAUUCCUUAUGUAGUUAUUCACGGCGAACCUGGAUCUCGCCUCAUGGACAUGGUGGUCAAUCCUUUUGAUCUUCUAGAUUUGAAUUCUUCGUACAGACUAAACGAUCUGUAUUAUAUUAACAAGCAGAUGAUUCCAGCGCUUCAACGGGUUUUCAGUCUUCUCGGCGCUGACAUUAACCAGUGGUUUUCUGCUGUUUCUCGUCCGAUAAGACCUAUGUUUUCUAAACGACACGCACCAAUGUCGAAUGCGCGGUUGUUCCGUGAUGGUGGUAGUGAUAAUUCGAUGGUUUCGAAGAAACCAAAUGGCAAAAGGAUUCGGAUAGAUACUUAUUAUUCUUCAAAGCACUGCAUUUUGUGUGGUGAAUUGAUUCAAUCAUCAGAGCAUUUCUGUGUUAACUGCUCACGGAAAGAAGCACUGGUGGAUGCUACUGUGGUUGGAAGAACAUCAAAGAAAGAAAGAGAGAUGCAACACCUCACCGAA